AUUUUGUGUUAUUUGUACAUAUUUUCCAAAGUUCGUGUGUAAUACCGUCUAUCAAAAAUUGCAAGGACUGAGAAAAUUAUCUUAAAAUUACCUAAAAACAAGAUGCCGAAAGACAGAAUUACAAUAAUUGAGCGCAUUAAUAACACGUUAUGAAAUUGGCCCUUAAAAUCUCAAAUCCUAUUGGUAAUUGAGAUCAAAAAAUUUGUGAAGAAAUUCUUGUUCUAGCGCUGCGCUUCGGUGCGUUAUCUGCAGUCUGCGGCGCCUGCAAUGAGCAUUGCAAUGGGUCGUAUAAGGAACAAAAAAAUUUGGCUCUAUUUCGAUAGAAUAUCAGAUUAUGCAGCACGUUGUAAGAAUUGUAAACUUAAUUUGUCUUGCAAACACACUUCAGCUAAUUUGGUGCGUCACCUGUAUUACAAGUAGGUCGUUUUCAAUUAAUAUAUUGCUCAAAUACUUCACCCAAUGUUGGUGGCCAUAUUUGCCCACAAUUUUAUCAAUUCACAGACACCAUGUUGAUGCGAGCUACUAUGGUGCAGAACAAACUGGAUUUCUUAAGCAUAAACGUGGAAGAAUAAAUCAAAGAUCUGGUGUUGCGACCGAUGUUUCGCCUCCAUAUCUAACACCAGUCGUCACUACAAAUGACACAUUUGAUCCGCUUGAGGAAAUAAAACAAGAAGUUGUACCCUUGAAACUUGUGCGUUGCGAUAGAUCCGACGAAGAUCCUGAUGUUGAUGAUGACACGCGUUCGACACAUGAAUAUCAAAGACCAACUGCGUCUAUGUCUUCACCAUCACAACAUACGCCGUCAACAGAAGGUUCAAAUGAAGAUAUUAGCUGUGAUUAUGCUAUCGAUACACAUCAUGCUAAUGAAGAGGAGGCAAUUAGCAAGCAGCUAUUUUUGGAUAACCCACAUUUUAAAGAAAAACUUAAAGCAGAAACACGAUAUUUUAAUGAAAUGGCUGAAUUAGCACGUGCUAAAAGAAUUAUGAUCGAAUUGCAAAGUAAGAAGCUGAUGUUAGAAAUGGAAACUAUGCGUUCCAGCUGACUAGGCCUUUUCAAUAAUAAAUACGUUAUUAGCAAUUCCAUAAUAUAUUGCUUAACAUGAGUGUUAUAUAAAAUUUAAUGUUUGGAAUUUACAUGUAUUUCCCCCUUUUAAUAUAAACAUUCUGCUAUUACUAUUAAACUUUAACCAUAUUAAACUCAACUAA